AUGCCUCGAUUGAGAAGGGUGUUUGCUGGAUGGCCGGAGGACGUUGAGAAGUGGAGUCAAGGAGCGCAGCGGACGGAGGGCGAGCAUGCACAGCAGGAGGGCAAAAGGAGCGGGCCGGGCUGGGACGAAGGGCCCCCGUCCGCCGGCGCGCUCUGCUGGUGUCUGGCUGCCUCGGCGACUCGCUCAUCAAGGGAGGAGGCAGUCGCAGGCCUGGGUGGUUUGCCCUCGUGGACGACACUCGCUCGCGUGGCACAGCAGAGGCAGCGGCGGAUGCAAAGAAAGCGACGAGAAGCUGAGCAGCAUCUCAAUCUCCACACAGUGGCUGGUUCUUUGCUGGCCGAGGGACAUGAGCGAGUGCGAGUGGCAGAUCUGGAAGGAAAGGUCAGCAAGCAAACAUGCACGUCGGGGGUACGGAUACAAAGUACAGAGUCUCGCCCGAGGCGGCGCUCACCAAGUCGCCAUCAGCUCAGUCUCGGUCAGCUGAGGGGCGCGGCGCAGUGGGAGGCCUUGGUGCCUUUUGAGGGCGGCCGAAUUGUAUUCCAGAAGCCACCGUCGAAGCCUCAAGAGCUUCAGUCAUUGUGCUCGGUGCAGGCCUUCGCGUCACUCGAGGUUUAUCUACCCGCCAUCGCCUGGGAACGAUGGGAACACCUGCGUUUGGCUCCAGCAGACACGCUCGUAGCGCGGGCCAUCUCGAGACUUGAGCACUAG